AUGGCAUCACCGAGACCCUCCAGCAGCGACUGCUCCUAUGUCAUCGACCACAGCCAUGUGCCCAACUUUGAGGUGUCCACCUGGAUCAAAAUCACCCUCUUCCUGGUGUACCUCUUCAUCUUUGUGGUGGGUAUCCUGGGCAACAGCAUCACCAUCCGGGUCACUCAGGUGCUGCAGAAAAAGGGCUACCUGCAGAAGGAAGUGACGGACCACAUGGUGAGUCUGGCAUGCUCGGACAUCUUGGUCUUCCUCAUUGGCAUGCCCAUGGAGUUCUACAGCAUCAUCUGGAACCCCCUGACCACACCUAGCUACUCCCUGUCUUGUAAGCUUCACACUUUCCUCUUCGAAGCAUGCAGCUACGCCACGCUGCUGCACGUGCUGACACUGAGCUUCGAGCGCUACGUGGCCAUCUGUCACCCCUUCAGGUACAAGGCCCUGUCAGGGCCCUGCAAGGUAAAGCUGCUGAUUGCCUUUGUCUGGGUCACGUCGGCCCUGGUGGCCUUGCCCUUGCUUUUUGCCAUGGGCGUGGAAUAUCCUUUGCUGAAUGUGCCCAGUGUCCAGGGACGUGGCUGCAACCGCACCCGUACCCGCCACCAUGAACAACCCGAGACCUCCAACAUGUCCAUCUGUACCAACCUGUCCAGCCGCUGGACUGUCUUCCAGUCCAGCAUCUUUGGUGCCUUCAUCGUCUACCUCGUGGUGCUGGUUGCCGUGGCCUUCAUGUGCUGGAACAUGAUGCAGGUGCUCAGGAGGAGCAAGACGGGCACGCUGGUUGGAACUGGACCUGAGCUGCAACUGAGAAAGACGGAGAGCCAGGAGAGCAAGACCGCCAGGAGGCAGACCAUCAUCUUCCUCAGGCUGAUCGUUGUGACACUGGCCGUGUGUUGGAUGCCAAACCAGAUUCGGAGAAUCAUGGCUGCAGCCAAACCCAAGCUGGACUGGACAACGUCUUACUUCCAGGCAUAUAUGAUCCUUCUGCCCUUCUCCGACACCUUCUUCUAUCUGAGCUCCGUGGUCAAUCCGCUGCUGUACAACGUGUCCUCGCAGCAGUUCCGCAAGGUAUUCGGGCAGGUGCUGCGCUGCCACCUGUCUGUGCCACACGCCAACCAGGAGAAGCACCUGCGUGCCCACAGCCGUGCCACCGCUGACAGCGUGCGCUCCGCCCGCAGCCCUCUCAUCUUCCUGUCCUCCCGGCGCGGCUCUUCGGCCAGGAGAACUAACAAGAUUUUCCUGAGCACCUUCCAAAGCCAGGCCAAGCCCGAAUCGACGCCGACCCCUGAGCCAGCAAGUGUGGAGUCACCACUACCCAACUCGGAGGCGAAACCAGAUAGGUUGGCGGCAGAAAAUGGUUUACAGGAGCGAGAAUCGUGA